UAAACGACAUUCACGCGCUAAACUUUGAAGUAACGAUGUCAACUUUUUAAAUUUUUUGCUCUAGUCAUCCGUUAACAAGACUCAUUGCAAAAUAAAGAUGGGAAUGGUGAGACAGUUCAAUGAAAGGUGAAAAUUGACUGGCAACAAAUUCUGAACAUGAUGUUUGGGCCCGAUAAUUGGAAAAUUUCACAAGAAGUGACUCCUUCAAAAGACAAUAGUGUUGUUGAUUUAGAUGACAGUACUGAUUUUGACUGUGGGGAUUCUGUUUAUGUCUCUUGCAUCAAUGAUAACAAUAACUAUUCUUGUGUGAAGAAGCUUAGCAGAAGUGAAAUCUUUGUUGACAAUUUGAGGGAUGCUGAGCAAAGGGAACUGGAUCAUCCUUCAAUGGGUAGAAAUCGCAGAGCCAGAGAACAACUACCAAUGCCAACAGAAAUCCCUUCACUGCCUCAGGAAACAAAUCAAGGAGUGCACCAUAAUAUCAGGACACCAGACAUGUGUAAGAAUACCUGUAACUCUUGUGCUUCAGAUGUUUUUUCAAAGUACAGCGCAGAAUACAAGACCAACUCUCAUACAACAAGUGCAUGUAGCAGUUCUUUAGACAGCAUCAUUAAAUCUAUGAGGAAACAAUUUGCUCAUUUUUAUGACGCCUCCAAUGACAAUUGGACACUGCGGGAGGCCAACUUCUUUAACAAGAGCUUGGCAGCUAUAUCCGAAAUAGUGGAUAAAAUAGACCAAUUCAAUCAGAAGUAUCAGACUUUUGUGAUGACCUUUAAUACUCAUAUGAUUAAUAUUCUCAUGCUGAAUAUUGAAAGUCUUCUAUCAAAUGUGGCAGCCUUUAUCAUGUGUUCCAGUAGUAUCCAGAAAAGCAAUGGGGGUAUUGCUUUAUAUCCUGAAGACCUAAUCCAGAGUAUGAAAGUUUUGAUUGAGCAAUCCAUCAAAACAGUCAACUGUACAUGGAUGACUUUUCUACAGUCCACAGUUAGCCAUGUGGAAGGAGUGACAAGUAUUAUCCGAGAACCAACACUCAAUCAUUUCUCACCUAAAUCACAAGAUUGUGAAGCUUUUGUACCAUCCACUAAUACAUGUAGCCAGAAAGAUAGUACAACCAUCAUCCCAAAACCACCACCGAGUCAUUUCUCACCCAAGUCAAGGGACUGUGAAGCAUUUGUACCAUCCAUUAAUUGCAAGACUGAUGGCAUAUCUAUCAUCCAAGAACAACCCCUUAGUCAUUCUUCACCCAAAGCCAGAGAUUGUGAAGCUUUUCUACAAUCCACCAGUAAUCAUAAAGAUGGAGAAACUAUCAUCCAAGAACCAUCACUGAGUCCCUUUUCAUCCAGAUCCAGUGAUUCUGACAUUUUUCAUAGUAAUGAAAGUGUGUGUUUAUCUAAUGUCUGUAUGAAUAUAGAAACUACACCAGGAAAAACAAAUGCAACAGAAUCUGAAGAGGAAGCGAGAGAUGCUCCAAAUAUGGUGAAAAAAGUAAACAGAGAACAUCAUGGACAGAAAACGGAAAUGAGAAAUUCCUGUCAGAGUACUCCUUGUGCCACACUUUGCCAACAAGGUAAAAAGUAUCUGAGCAGUGAUCUUGGUAAUCCUGGAAUAAAAGAAUGUGUUGUACCUCUCCAGAGAAUUGAUGACAGCUUUGCUCUUGCACAACUGGACAAAAGACAAAUUGAAUGGAACAGACAGUCAAAACACAGAAAGCCUGGUCAAAACCGAGAAGCACGGGAAAAUUCUUCAGAUUUAAAGAGGACUCAGAAAUUGAGUUCAAGCAAAGGAACUCAGACACCUGGUAAACUCAAGUCUUUUUGUACUAAGAAUAUUUCAGGAUUAAACAAAACUUCUGGAGUUCAGUGCAACAAUUCUGCAAAGUUCAGUAGUUGUUUGGAUAGAGAAAUUAAGAAAACAAUGUAUUCUUAUUCUCAUGACCCAGUGCACCAAGAAAGGAAAGAGUGUGAUUCUUCACAUGUACUAGACAGAAAUAGAGACGAAAGGAAUUCCUAUCAAAGUAGGAAGAAACUUUUGCCUGACUUCAAUGGUAAUUCAGAGUCAUCACGUGAGAAAGGUACAUCAAGCUCAGCAAAUGAUCAGUCAUUGACAACAUUUGUUUCAUUCGUCAGAUCAUAUGUGUGCAGCCCUUCUUCUUGCAAUGUGUCCCUCCAAGUGUCCUGUGUAGAAAGAAAUGUACUAGCUAGAAAACUCAGUGUACAGGAUACAAAGAAACGAAGCAAAAAUCAGAAAAGAGAACAUGGGUCAAGAAAGAGACAUCUAAACAUGAGUAAAAGUGAUAAAAUUAACACAGACCCUCACAUGAUAAAACAAAGGAGUUCGAGGGAAGAAAAGAAUAGCUCAACUGCAACCCCAAGAAAGCGCAUCAGAAGUGAAGAGGAUACCUCAAAGGUGGAGAAAAUAAAUGUUGAUAAAACUGAAUGUUCAAGGUCAGUGUCUCAGAGUGCUUUCAAUGAAGUUGAAAAAGAUAACAAUAAUAACUUCACUAGACAUGAAGGAAAAAAUAAGAGCAACAUCGAUUCUGUGAAAACUAGUUCACUCCAGAAUGAACCAGACAAGAUGAACAGAGUGAGUGUGAACAAGAACAAGGCUAGAGAUGAAACACAGAAUGAUAAGAAUUCAUGUUCACAGGGAUUAAAACUAUUGGAGGAUGAAAAUCUGUUCUUCCUCAACAAACAAGCAGAACUGACCGCUAAAAUCAAAAGCAGUAGAAAAGUGCCAAAGGCGAGUAAUGGUACUUCUAACAAUGCUGUUUCCCCUUCCAAACUAAAACCGACUAAAGAAUGAGUUUGAAACGAGGCAUUAUUUUCUCUAAGUUUACAUGAGAUUUUUUUACCAUACCAAUUCGAGUAAAGUUAUUUGUUAUCAUGAGUUGAGUAAUCAAUAUGACUCGUUUAACAUCUGAAAAGUUUGUUUUUUCAAAGAUGUACAAAAUUGGAAAGAAAUUUUAUUGCAAGUGCACAGAUAUGUACCGGUAUUUAAAACAUCGACUUUUCCAAAAUUUGUAAAGAAAGAUGUCAAGAAUUUCUAUUGUUGUUUUUCCCACAUUUGUGGUGUUUUAGUUUAGGUAAACAUCAUUUGUUCAGUUAUUAGUUAUUACACUUUAAAGCUGGAUCAACUAGCCAACAUUUCUAUUCUUCUGAAAUUGUGUAAAUAGAUAGUUUUCAGUAGACCCAAAUUAACAAGAGUUAUUUCCCGUCGGUUGCCAUAUUGUGGGUCAACAUGCUUCAUAAUUCAACCAACUUUAACCUGUUAUACUGGCAAUCGUGGGCUGGGAAGCAUUUUUUUUCUGAAAAAUAUACAUUUGUUAGAGCCUCCUUUAUUUCAUAAUGUUUAUUCCCCUUAAUAUUUCUGCUACACACUCUGAUAUUUGGUAGGACAAAGAGGAAAAAUUACCUAUUUGACCACCAAGAUGGCAGCCAAUGGGAAAUAACUCUUGUUAAUAUGGGUCUUCUGAAAACUAUCUAUAAGAAUCAAAUUUCUAGGAACAACCUAAAUAAAUUUGUUUUGCUUAC